AUGGCUCGUCUUCAGCUAUUUGUUUUGUUCUCUCUUCUUCUACUGACGCUGUCAGCUGCAACUGAUGACGACUUCUUUCCGACUGGCGUUGCAAGGCCUGCAACGUACAACCCUGGCUACAGGGCCACCAAAGCGCUGAUUGACGCUCUGGAGGACGACUACUCUGCAUUUCUCUUCUUCUUCAAACGCGCAUGUUUGGACAAGGAGUUUCCCGACAUGCUGAACAAGUACACGGUCACCAUAUUCGCGCCGACGAACGAGGCGUUCAAGUCUCUCGACAGCGACCUGAAGAAGAAGGUGAAGGAGGACAAGCUGCUGCUGCGGGAGCUCAUGCUGCUGCAUGUCGUCAAGGGAAGGAAGACAUUCGCACGCCUCCUCGAGCAGGAACAAGGCCAUCAAUAUGAGUCCCCCGCUGCUCGCGGCCAAGCCAAGCUGGUCAAGCGCAGCGAGGAAGACGACAAGCCGGUCAUCAUCUCGGCCAAGCAGGGUAAGAACACAGCGACUAUUGUGGACGAGGAUGUGUUCGUGAGCAAGUUCGUGUCAGUGCAGGGGGUCGACGAAGUCAUCCUGCCUCGCAAGCUGCAGAAGCCGCACAAGUUUGAGACUCUUGUUGAGUGCAUGAAUAAUGUGAAGUGA